GCACCGCUGGAACUAUGAUGAUUACAGGAUGAAGUCUCCUAUAGGAGUGCUGGCCGAGGAAUCAUUGACAUAUAGUGACAGUAUGUGGCCCCAAGAACUGCCCUAAAAGGAAGAUUGGCCCUGGGCUAACAUCUGUGCCCACCUUCCUCCACUUUAUAUGGGAUGCCGCCACAGCACGGCUUGCCAAGUGGUGCGUGGCUGUGUGCCCGGGAUCCGAACCUGCGAACCCUCAGGCUGCAGCUUUAAUACACACAACUGGAUUCACAGACUGAGGCCAGUAGGAAGAUUAAAGGUUGAACAAAACUUAAAAGAAGCAGCGAAUCUAUUCACUUGUUAUUGGACUUGAAACUCCUUUGACCUCGGAAACCGAAGAUGAGGUUGCCAUGGGAACUGCUGGUACUGCAGUCAUUCAUGUUGUGCCUUGCAGAUGACUAUACACUGCAUGGCCCAAUUUUUAUUCAAGAGCCAAGUCAUGUCAUGUUCCCUUUGGAUUCUGAGGAGAAGAAAGUGAAGCUCAAUUGUGAAGUUAAAGGGAAUCCAAAACCUCAUAUCAGGUGGAAGUUAAAUGGAACAGAUGUUGACAUUGGUAUGGAUUUCCGCUACAGUGUUGUUGAAGGCAGCUUGUUGAUCAAUAACCCCAAUAAAACCCAAGAUGCUGGAACGUACCAGUGCAUAGCAACAAACUCAUUUGGAACAAUUGUUAGCAGAGAAGCAAAGCUUCAGUUUGCUUAUCUUGAAAACUUUAAAACAAGAACGAGAAGCACUGUGUCUGUCCGCCAAGGUCAGGGGAUGGUACUACUGUGUGGCCCACCAGCCCAUUCUGGAGAGCUGAGCUAUGCCUGGAUCUUCAAUGAAUACCCUUCGUAUCAGGAUAAUCGCCGCUUUGUUUCUCAAGAGACUGGAAAUCUGUAUAUUGCCAAAGUAGAAAAAUCAGAUGUUGGGAAUUAUACCUGUGUAGUUACGAAUACGGUGACAAACCACAAGGUCCUGGGGCCACCCACACCGCUAAUAUUGAGAAAUGACGGGGUGAUGGGCGAAUAUGAGCCAAAAAUAGAAGUGCAGUUCCCAGAAACGGUCCCCACUGCAAAAGGAACAACAGUGAAGCUGGAAUGCUUUGCCUUAGGAAAUCCAGUACCAACCAUUAUCUGGAGAAGAGCUGAUGGAAAGCCAAUAGCGAGAAAAGCCAGAAGACACAAGUCAAAUGGAAUUCUUGAAAUCCCCAAUUUUCAGCAGGAGGAUGCUGGUUUAUAUGAAUGUGUGGCUGAAAAUUCGAGAGGGAAAAAUGUAGCAAGGGGACAGUUGACUUUUUACGCUCAACCUAAUUGGAUUCAAAAAAUAUAUGAUAUCCAUGUGGCCAUUGAAGAAAAUGUCUUUUGGGAGUGUAAAGCAAAUGGAAGGCCCAAACCUACAUACAGGUGGCUAAAAAAUGGUGAACCACUGUUAAUUCGGGAUAGAAUUCAAAUCGAGCAAGGAACACUCAACAUAACAAUAGUGAACCUCUCAGAUGCCGGCAUGUAUCAGUGUGUGGCAGAGAAUAAACACGGAGUUAUCUUUUCCAGUGCAGAGCUUAGUGUUAUAGCCUUGGGUCCGGAUUUUUCGAGAACCCUCUUAAAAAGGGUAACUCUUGUCAAAGUGGGAGGUGAAGUUGUCAUUGAGUGUAAGCCAAAAGCUUCUCCGAAACCUGUCUACACCUGGAAGAAAGGAAGGGACAUAUUAAGAGAAAAUGAAAGAAUUACCAUUUCUGAAGAUGGAAGUCUCAGAAUCGUCAAUGUGACUAAAUCAGAUGCUGGGAGUUAUACCUGUAUAGCCACUAACCAUUUUGGAACUGCUAGCAGUACUGGAAACUUGGUAGUAAAAGAUCCAACAAGAGUAAUGGUGCCCCCUUCCAGUAUGGAUGUCACUGUUGGAGAAAGUAUUGUUCUGCCAUGCCAGGUAACACAUGAUCACUCACUAGACAUCAUGUUCGCUUGGUCAUUUAAUGGACACCUGAUAGACUUCGACAAAGACGGGGACCACUUCGAAAGAGUCGGAGGGCAGGAUUCAGCUGGUGAUUUGAUGAUCCGAAACAUCCAGUUGAAGCAUGCUGGGAAAUACGUCUGCAUGGUCCAAACAAGUGUAGACAAGCUGUCUGCUGCUGCGGACCUGAUUGUAAGAGGUCCCCCAGGCCCCCCAGAGGCUGUGACCAUAGAUGAAAUUACAGACACCACUGCUCAGCUCUCCUGGAGACCCGGGCCUGACAACCAUAGCCCCAUCACCAUGUAUGUCAUUCAAGCCAGGACUCCAUUCUCCGUGGGCUGGCAAGCUGUCAAUACAGUCCCGGAGCUCAUUGAUGGGAAGACUUUCACAGCGACUGUGGUGGGUUUGAACCCUUGGGUUGAAUAUGAAUUCCGCACAGUUGCAGCCAACGUGAUUGGGAUUGGGGAGCCCAGCCGACCCUCAGAGAAGCGGAGGACAGAAGAGGCCCUCCCCGAAGUCACCCCAGCUAACGUCAGUGGUGGUGGAGGCAGCAAAUCUGAACUGGUUAUAACCUGGGAGACAGUCCCCGAGGAAUUACAGAAUGGUAGAGGUUUUGGUUACGUGGUAGCCUUCCGGCCCUAUGGCAAAAUAAUCUGGAUGCUGACAGUGCUGGCUUCAGCUGACGCCUCCAGAUAUGUAUUCAGGAAUGAGAGCGUACGCCCCUUCUUUCCCUUCGAGGUUAAAGUGGGUGUCUUCAACAAUAAAGGAGAAGGUCCAUUCAGUCCCACCACAGUGGUAUAUUCUGCAGAAGAAGAACCCAGCAAACCACCAGCCAGCAUCUUUGCCAGAAGUCUUUCUGCGACAGACAUAGAAGUUUUCUGGGCCUCCCCCAUAGACAAGAAUAGAGGACGGAUACAAGGUUAUGAGGUUAAAUACUGGAGACAUGAUGACAAGGAAGAAAAUGCUAGAAAAAUACGAACAAUCGGAAAUCAGACAUCAACAAAGAUCACCAACUUAAAAGGAAGCGCGCUCUAUCAUUUAGCUGUCAAGGCAUAUAAUACUGCUGGGACAGGCCCCUCCAGUGCGACAGUCAAUGUGACAACCAGAAAGCCACCACCAAGUCAACCCCCCGGAAACAUCAUAUGGAAUUCAUCGGACUCCAAAAUUAUCCUGAAUUGGGAUCAAGUGAAGGCCCUGGAUAAUGAGUCGGAAGUAAAAGGAUACAAAGUCUUGUACAGAUGGAACAGACAAAGCAGCACAUCUGUCAUUGAAACAAAUAGAACGUCGGUGGAGCUUUCUUUGCCUUUUGAUGAAGAUUAUAUAAUAGAAAUUAAGCCGUUCAGUGAUGGAGGAGAUGGCAGCAGCAGUGAACAAAUUCGAAUUCCAAAGAUAUCAAAUGCCUAUGCAAGAGGAGCCGGGCCUUCCACUUCGAAUGCAUGUACACUGUCAGCCAUCAGUACCAUCAUGAUCUCCCUCACAGCUAGGUCCAGUUUAUGACAAAAGUUAUCUAAAAGACUUGCUGUUUAUAAUAUAAGCAACAUUUAGCUAGUUGUUUUGAAGACGCCCAGUACUAAGUAAUAUUGUUGUUCAAGUACAUCUUAUUACUGGAAAAAAAAAAUGUUUUUUGCUUCUUUAGGAAUGGCAUUAUACAGUACUUCCUCAAAGCAAACCUAGCUUUGUCUGAAGUUUCUUUGGAAACUCUGCAAUGCACUGAAGACAUCUGUAAUAUGAUGUUACCAAAGCAGUUUACAUAUGUCCUUAUAUGCAUAUUUUUUAUUAUAUAUUUAGUGUUUUAUAGAAUUUUUUAAAGUUAACAUGAAAUGUAGAUAUUAAUUUUUUUCCUCUGCUGUAAAAUGCUAUGGGCAACACAAUCAUACAAUUAUUAUUUGAAAAUAUUUCCUUUUAAGACAGAUUUUGGAACUUAUCUUGGUAAAUAACUUGCAAAUUACUUGUAUAGUUUUACAAGGAUCUAGUGGCAGAACAGCUGAAGACUUGGUCUGUAACUCAAGGCUGCUGUCUGUAAACUGUAAAUGACUCUUCGGAUGGUUAAUGCAUUGAAUCAAGUCCUUUUGACAUGUAUAAUGUGUUUCCCGCCUUGUUUUGAAUUUUGUUCAACACAACUUGAGAUGGUUUCAGGAAUGGCUGCAAUCUCAAAACCUAAACUAACUGCCCAAGAGGUACCUUGUGCAAUACUCCCAUCCCUGAAUUUAGCAUUGUACAGUAAGACUUUCUUUUCACUCCACUAAGUUAGCAUUGUCUUUGUAGUAGCAUUAUCUUAGACAUUAAAUUUGAAGUUACAUAUUCUGUAGUAACAUAGACCAAAAGUUACUAUGGUCAACCAAGUCUUUCAAAGGAUAAAAGAUAAUUUUACUAUCUUUAAAUGUAUCUGUUUUGAAUGUACAUUUUUAAAAAAGGUAAUUCUCUGUUGAUGGAUUCAUAAUUUCUUUAUAUAUAAUGUGUGUAUCUCUUUAAUAAUAGAGCCCUUCUUUUGAAUUAAAAUCAUGUAUGGAGUUUGGCAGAUUUCUCCUAUUUCAGCAAAUAGUUGCCACAAAGAAUUUUUUUCCAUGACUCUAUAAAAGAUCUUUAGUACAAUUGUAUGGUAUCUUGAUGAUUCUCCUGUUUUGCGAUAGUAGCCUAGUUGCUUUUUAAGCUUUACCUUCUAAGUCUUAAAAUCACACAUUGGAAAAUGACAAUAUCAACAAAACCGUAUUCUUAUGAAAAGAACUAUUUGUUAUAAUGGGGGAGGUUUUGUAAGCUGACACUAGUGGAACAGUGCAUAUAAAAGGCAAUGAAAUUUUCUAUAAAAAUUUUCACCUGUAAACACGCUGCCACUUUCUUCUUUCUCAGAGAGCUCAAAUUUACCUGUAAUUUGUCAUUUUUGCUUACAAAUGAUAUAAGUUAACUUUUCAACCUUCUAGCUAUAUUUAUCCGAUAAAGUCAUAAUCAGGAGUCCACGUGUGUAAAAACUAGAGUGGUAACUGGAAAAAAUAUUGUCAGUAUUUCAAGCUGUGUUCCUUUCUUAGUUUGAUAUGAUUACAUCUAUGUUAAAAUAAAACAAAAUUUAAAAUCACACACAAAAAAAUCAACAAAAUAAUAAAAUGAAUGAAAAAAAAAUGACACCCCAGGUAGUUCCCAACCCCAGUGUAAAUGAUAUUUACCAGUGAUCUAGCAUAUGUAAUCUUUUUUUAAAGGUAUUGUUAAUAAAUAUUCUGUCAUUUGUAAAGAUACUUGUCUUUUGGGAGCAUUUUUCCUGCCUGCCUGUCAGGGAAUUUGUUAGCUCACCCUUGUGCUAGUUAUAAUUUGAGAUCAUAGACGGACUCAAAAGUCUCUGGCCGGGGUCCAAAGCUAGAUGCCCCUGAGCUAUUCCUUUGGAAUUGACAGCCCUGAAGACACUUCCUCUUUGGAAGUAGAGAAGGUCAAAAUCCACAAAUAAAUGUUCUGAAGAUAAAACAUGAAUAUUUUCUCUUGAUUAGCUAAAUCUUUUGUACACUUAACCUAUAAGGAUAUCUGUUGUUUGAAGCUUUCCCCCACCACUGUUGCUAAAAGGAUGAAAAUCUAAACUUGAGCAUUUAAGGCCCUUCUUAAUCUAAUAACUUAACUUUGUACCCAGCCAUACUGAGCCCUCACUGGCCCCUGAACACUGUUUGCUUUUGGUCUCACCUCUGUGCCUUUUGGUCACAUGGCUACCCCUUCCUGAAAUACCCUCCCCACGCUUCUUUCUCACCCAAAUCCCAACUGUCCUAGGGUGGCUCCAGCCCCAGCUCUUCUGUGAAGGCUUCCCACAUUCAGUCCUUUGUGAUGUCCUGCCUCUGAAUGAGCUGCAAGCCCUGUCGGUACCACUCACUUAGUAAUUAAUCAGGUACGACUUUUGGAAAUCUCUUGUACUGUUAUCUUGCAUUUUAACUUAACUCCUGUAUUGUUACUGAAUUUUCCUUGUAUGUAUGCCUUGUCUUCCCAACUAGAUUGUAAGCUCCUUGAGGGCAGGGACUUCGGUCUUAUCUUCCAUGUAUUCUUCAUAGUGCCUAGCACAGUGCCUUGCAAUAAAUAAUCAUUGGUUAAUUGAUUGAA